CUGCAGACAGAUGUCAAGGCUACGUUGUGGGUGGCAGCUGCAGCAGAAGGCAGCUCCAAAGGACAUGCAGAAGAUGUCACUGAGGUUUAUUUUCCUUCUUGGAGGACUGCUUGCUCUGCCCCUGUGCUUGGCUGACACAGGCAGUGAUCCCAUUUCCUGUGUCUUCCCCUUCAUCUACAAGAAGAGCGCCUACUCCUCCUGCACCAAGGAUGGGAGCAGCAAGGGAACUCCCUGGUGUGCCACAACAAGCAGCUACGAUCUGGAUGGUAAAUGGAAGUAUUGCACCUUGCAAGAGCAUGGGGGCAGCUCAGGUGGCCAGCCCUGCUUCUUCCCUUUUUUAUACAAGAAACGAUCAUUCUACACCUGCACCAAUGAGAACACGAAGGAUGGGCAAUUCUGGUGUGCCACCACAGACAGCUAUGACCGUGACCAUCGUUGGAGCUACUGUCCUGACAUCAUGCUGAGCUCAAACCCAACAGGACCCUGCGUCUUCCCCUUCACCUACAAGGGUCAGACCUACACCUCCUGCACAACUGAUGGGUCAUCCAAAGGGCUUCCAUGGUGCUCUUUGAGCAGCAAUUAUGAGCAGAAUCCCAAAUGGACAUACUGCCAGGCCUCUGUGUCUGGUACAAACAGUGGGAACCUCCCUUGCGUCUUCCCAUUCAAAUACCAAGCCAAGCUGUACCAUGGCUGUACAGAUGUUGGCUCGCAAGAUGGGAGGUACUGGUGCUCCUCCACCAGCAACUAUAACAAUCAGUGGCACUACUGUUCUACGGCAGAGUAUGGAGGAAAUUCCAAUGGUGAAAGCUGUGUUUUUCCUUUCAUCUACAAGAAACAGCUAUUUUAUAGCUGCAUCAAAAUAAAUGAUAGUGCUGGAAAUCUGUGGUGCGCUACAACAGGCAAUUAUGAUCAAGAUAAACUCUGGAGCUAUUGCCCUGAAACCUAUAUAUCCUGGAAUAACAGAGAGUCCAAAUGUGUGUUCCCAUUUAUUUACAUGGACAAGUUGCACCAUUCCUGCAUCCAGAGUGAGAGGCUGCCUGGAAAAUUCUGGUGUGCUACAACAAGCAACUAUGACCAGCACAAAACAUGGAGUUUAUGCUCCUACAUUGAUCCCAGACAUUCCUCUGAGAAAUCUUGUGUUUUUCCUUUCACCUAUAACGGUCAGCAAUUCAAUGAAUGCACCAGCCUGAAUGAGAGGAAAGGGAAGCUCUGGUGUUCCACUACUGAUAACUACAACAGAGACCACAAGUGGCGCUUCUGUCCUAUGUGAUGUGAGGAAAGGAUGAAAGGAGGAAUGGGCAUUGCCCAGCUGUUUGGCCCUGCCUGGAAUCCCUUAAAACCCGUUCUGUCACCAACUGCUUAGCUUCACGCAAUCCAUUUAAUGUGAGUUGCUUUAAUUGUAUGCACAGCGUUAUGCAUUUUACCAGGCUUACAAUAGCUACUAAAUCUUAAGAGUCAGUUCCAUCA